UGGCCCUCCUGGGGUUCCAGCCUGCCCGGAGUCCUAGCUUUGCCACCCUCCCGCCACCCCACAGGCAUGCAGGGGGCCUGGGUGCUGCUGCUGCUGCUGGGCCUGAGGCCACGGCUGGCCCUCAGCAUCAUCCCAGCGGAGGAGCAGGACCCAGCCUUCUGGAACCGCCAGGCGGCGCAGGCCCUGGACACCGCGAAGAAGCUGCAGCCCAUCCAGACAGCUGCUAAGAACCUCAUUCUCUUCUUGGGGGAUGGGAUGGGGGUGCCCACAGUGACAGCCACUAGGAUCCUAAAGGGGCAAAUAAAUGGCAAACUGGGACCUGAGACACCCCUGGCCAUGGAUCACUUUCCGUACCUGGCUCUGUCCAAGACGUACAACGUGGACAGACAGGUGCCAGACAGCGCAGGCACAGCCACAGCCUACCUGUGCGGGGUCAAGGCCAACUACCAGACCAUUGGUGUGAGUGCAGCUGCCCGCUUCAACCAGUGCAACACAACGAGGGGCAAUGAGGUCACUUCCGUGAUGAAGCGGGCCAAGAAAGCAGGGAAGUCAGUCGGGGUGGUGACCACCACGAGAGUGCAGCAUGCCUCCCCAGCUGGCACGUACGCCCAUGUAGUGAACCGAAACUGGUACUCAGACAUGGACAUGCCCAUCAAGGCGCGGGAGGAGGGAUGCCAGGACAUCGCCCAGCAGCUCAUCUCCAACGUGGACAUUGAUGUGAUCCUGGGCGGAGGCCGAAAGUACAUGUUCCCCAAGGGGACUCCAGACCCUGAGUAUCCAAGUGACACCAGACAGAAUGGAGUCAGGUCGGAUGGGCGGAACUUGGUGCAGGAGUGGCUGGCCAAGUACCAGGGUGCCCGGUAUGUGUGGAAUCGCUCGGCGCUCAUGGAGGCAUCCCAGGACCCCUCUGUAACACAUCUCAUGGGCCUCUUCGAGCCGGGAGACACAAAGUAUGAGAUCUACCGAAACACGACCCAGGACCCGUCCCUGAUGGAGAUGACAGAGGUGGCAGUGCGCCUGCUAAGCAGGAAUCCCCGUGGCUUCUACCUCUUCGUGGAGGGAGGCCGCAUCGACCACGGUCAUCAUGACGGCAUGGCUUCUCUGGCACUGACGGAGGCAGUCAUGUUUGAUUCCGCCAUCGACAAGGCCAGCCAGAUCACAAGCGAGCAGGACACCCUGACCCUUGUCACCGCUGACCACUCUCACGUCUUCUCUUUUGGUGGCUACACACUGCGAGGGAGCUCCAUUUUCGGGCUGGCCCCCAGCAUAGCCCUAGACAACAAGACCUACACCUCCAUCCUUUACGGCAACGGCCCCGGCGGCCUAUACGCGCUCACGGGGAGCUCCCGGCCCAACGUCAAGGACAGCCAGAGCAGGGACCCCACUUACAAGCAGCAGGCCGUGGCGCCCCUUGUCUCCGAGACUCACGGCGGCGAGGACGUGGCGGUGUUCGCGCGCGGCCCGCAGGCGCACCUGGUGCACGGCGUGCAGGAGCAGAGCUUCGUGGCGCACGUUAUGGCCUUCGCCGCCUGCCUGGAGCCCUACACCGAUUGCGGCCUGCCGCCCACGGCCUCCCCCAACGACGCCGCGCUCCCCGGCCCGGCCGGUGCGCCUCUGUCGCUGCCGCUGCUGGCAGGGACGCUGCUGCUGGGGCUGCUGGCCGGUGCCACGCCCUGAUCCCCGAGCCCCCGGGCCCCGCCCCCUCUGCCCCCUUUCCCCAGACCCCGGCCCCUCCCCCAGCCCUAGGCCCAACCCCCGGAGGCCCUUCCCUCCCAGCGCGGGCCCAGUCCCCAGACUUUCACCCGGGUGCGGGCCGCCGGGACCCCAGCGGGCUGCAAUGGCGGAUUUCCGGGGCACCCACGGGCCCCCCGUGGGCUGUUCUCGAUCCCCCAACGUCAACGCCAGGGUAAGGACGGGGGUGCUCCAACCACCAGACUCUGCCCGGCAGGUUGCCCUGCCUGAGGACCAGGCGGGCACCAUGCCAGAGGUGUCCCCCACAGGGCCACGACUCGACCAGACCCCGCAGCAUACAAGUUUCUUGGCCCCAGUCUUCACAGCACAUUGGGGCCGAGGACUCGGGCAUGUCCGUGUGCCCGGAAAACUGUGGCUUCCUCUCAACCCGCAAGGGACCCUGCAAAGUGGUGGAGGAGACUGCUGGGGCCGGGUUGCGGUACCAUCCACCAUGUGCACCUCCUGGGGCCCAGUACUAUUACACAGAGAGGAGACGCUGACACAGAAUGGAAAGACUUGUCCCAAGUCACUUAGCUGCUGAUGUUCAUGCCCCAGUGCCCAUUCCAGGCUGGGAGACCCAAGGAGCAGGCAGAGCAGGCAGUCCUGGAGCAACCCUUGUACCCUCUGGGAGACCAUCUAGGUGCUGGGCACAGGUCUGUGAAGAGAGGAGAUUCCCUCUCCUCCCCGUGCCUCUAUUCUACUGAGAAAGACAAAACAAUAAUCAAAUAAACCAUUGUGCAGUGUAA